AUGGCCUUCAAGGUCUUGUUGAGCAAGCAAAUGGUGCAGGAUGAGCGGGAAGAGAUUUCUGAUGACGGGUCAGAGGAAGCAGAUGAGAGGACAGAGUUGGUGUUUGAAUGGGAAGAAGAUGACGAGAUUUAUGGGACACAACAUAAUCAAGGAAGUGUCCAGGCUACAGAGAAACCGCUGAACAUACUUCAAACUGAAACCAUAGAGCCUUUAGACAACAGACUCCACAUUGCAAGCAAUGUCCCUCCUCAAGUCAAUCCAUCCGGGUUGGGUGGAACCGCUGGUGCUAGAACUGAAAAUAUCCACUCACGAAUGAGGAUACGACAAGAGGUAGUACAAAACCAGAUGAUAGCUCGAUAUGGUACAGAUCACAUACACCACGAGUAUGAAAGUAAGGAUCAAGUCACGCUAUAUGUCCCGGCAAUUGACAGACUUGGUGCCAAUGCUAGUCGGAUCCCAUGUCUAGUCCAUGAGGUUUUUGACACCAAACCGAAAGCCUAUCGCUUGCUAUGUGAAGCUGGUGUCCUCAACCGACUUUAUCAAAGCAAAGUGUUUCAAAACGUGAGAUUCGGUGUAGGUGUAAAGGCGACUGCGGCACAAAUCAGUGUACCUGUCGCAAGAGAGGACUCAGAAAGGAAUGUGGUCAAUGCUUCCACAGAUUCGGAAGGAGGAGAAGUGUCAACUCGGAAAAGUAGAGGGAGAAAGCAGAAACGUAAGAGGACCAGCAAGGAGAAAGAGAAAACGCCUGGUGCUCUUGAGGGACCAACAAACCAGCAUUGGCUCGAAAUAACAGUGCCCAACGUGACAGUGUUCAGGACAUCUAAAACCACUGUGACGAAAAGGCCUAUUAAUUGGCGGUUAACUCUACCGCCGAUCGCUGGUCAAAUACCCUUCCCCGACUUUCGCUCCACUUGUCACACGCUUUGUGACACUACCAUAGAUAAUGAUGGGGAGGAGCAUGCCUCUCAGUCUGCUCCUGACAUAGAGAGGACUGAGGCAGAAAGCGACUCUACACAAGACACCAAUUGGCCCGAUCAUUGUUCUGAAUAUGAAACUUGGAGUGAUGGAGAUGAGCGGGAUGUACCACAUGGGUUCUGGGAUUCGAAAAGUCCACUUGAAGACUAUCCUCGCUAUUUUCCAGGGAAGGAUGAACUUUGGUUAGCAGAGACAUGGGAGGUGGAUGGAAAGACCUGGGGUCUGGACAAAGAGAUGCGUGCUCUAGUUUGCAGGAGAGGAAUGAUGCACCGAGGCUUUCGUGAGGAGCAUGGAAAAGUGAUGACGGAUGUGCAAAGUGUGAUAUUGGCACGAGCUCAUUUCAAAGAGAAGUAUGCUGAUAUUAAUAUCCUGUCUGGAACCCCAAUAUGA